UAUUAAUUAUAAACAUAUAUAGGUAGUAACAUUCUUAUGAUCAUCCAAAAUGGACUGCCCAUUGCAUAUUAUUAUUAUUCUAUUAAGUUUUUUACUGUGUGGUUCUAUUGCUGCUAACGAUUUAACAAUUGUUGCAAAAGUAGAAGAUAGUACUCAACAUCUUAGUAUAUAUAAUAUUUGUGAAUGCACAGAAAUUGAAAUUAAUUGUACUGGUCGACAAUUGAGCCAUCAUUUUGAAAAUAAUAGAUGGUCUAAUACACGAUUAGAGUUGGUGACAUUCGAGGAUAAUUCAAUCGUGCAUCUUAAACCAUUUCCUAAUUCUACAAUCAUUAAAUUAAUUCUUCGACGCAAUAGAAUAAGUAAGAUCGAUGAUAAUGCUUUCCAAGAAAUUAGAAACUUAUCGGAACUUGACUUGAGUCAUAAUCAACUUACAUCAGAUGUUCUUUUGCCCACAAUUUUCACGGGUAAACGUAAAUAUGCUCCUGAUGAAUGGGAACCGCUACCAAAACUACGAAUAUUAAAUCUUGGACAUAACAAUCUCCAUACAUUACAUCAGGAUUUAUUUGAACAUGUUACUAAUAUAGAAGUAUUGAUUCUUAGUGGGAAUCCUCUGAGUAUUAUUGAUGAUUACAUUAUGCGGUCAUUGACGAAUCUUUACUUUUUGCAAGAAUUAUGUCUCGAAGAUUGCAAUCUCCAAACACUUCCAGAUCACAUGUUCUAUUUUCAUAAAAAAACAUUAAAAACACUCCAUUUAAGUGAAAAUCGUUUCACAAAAAUACCGUCUGCUUUAAAAGAUGCCAUAGUUUUGGAAUCUUUGAAUUUAGAUGAAAAUCCGUUAGAAAUUUUGGAUGAAAUAAAUGCUUUUCCUAAUCUUCCAUCACUUAAGAGGCUAAGCAUGUGUUCAUUGCCAUAUGUAACUCAUAUUGGACGUCAUGUUUUUUCACAGUUACCUGUACUCGAAGAACUCUAUUUAUGUGACUGCCCGAGACUUACAGAUAUUGAUGAAGACUCUCUAGUUAUGCAUAAUGUUCACGGUGCAUUUUGGCCUCCUUUGAAGAAACUUGAUAUAUCUAGUAAUGCUUUAAAAUAUUUAUCUGCAAAUUUAUUGGGAAUGUGGUUCAAGCUAGAAAAAUUAAAUUUAGUUAAUAACGAUUGGAGUUGUGAUUGCAAAAAUCAAUAUUUGAUUACCCAGCUUCUUCCUACAUUUGGAAAGGCUUUAAUGGAAGAAGAUGUUGAUAAAUUAUUUUGCACUGCACCUCCAGAACAUGCUGGUAAAAAUUUGACAUCACUAGCGCAUCAAAGAUUACGAUGUCUUGAUCGUUAUGGAGCUCAACCUGAACGUGAUGCGGAAAUUCUCGUUGGCAUAUUAAUCGGUCUUCUUCUAGCUCUUCCUGUUGUACUUACCUUAUUUCUUCUUUGGCGUCGAGGAUUCGUCUUCUGUGGACGACAAAGUCCUGCAAGCUUUUCUAGAGCUUUUUACAAUCGUGCCUCGAGUAAUGAUAACUAAAACUAAAUACACAUCACUCAAAAAAUUUAAAGAUUGGAAACUUUCAGUUACUUUACAACUGCUGGAAUUUAGUGAUAAAUGAUUGUUGAAUAUUGAAAACAUUUUUAAGACUCAAGUUUGUUAUCUACGACAAAAAAAUUAUAUUUUGAUACCCUUGCGAUCUUAAAUCUACUUUGGAACCACUUUGGAACUAGUCAGAAUGAAACUAUAGUCCAUCGUGUUUCCAGAGUGGUUUUGUCUCUUUGUUUAAGAGUGAAGCCUGACUGGAAUCUAACUAAAACCAGAGCAUACCCAAAGUAUUCCCAGAGUGUAUUCGUGGUAAUUCCAGAGUAUAAAUUCAAAAUAAAUCCAGAGCAAAUUUCGAAUAAAUCCAAUGUAAGUCCAGAAUGUAACCAGAGUGUUUCCAGAGUAAAACCAAAAAAUGUCCAGAACGAAUUCACAGUGUAUUUUAGAGUGGAACAACAAUAUAACCAGAACGAAUCCAGAGUGGAGCCGAAGUGCAUUACGAGUGGCAUCAGAGUAUAUCCAGAGUAAAUUAAUAGUAAAAAUUCAGAGUGAAUCCCGAAAAAGUUUCACCAAAAAAUUCAAAAUAAUGCUCAAUCAUAUUUACAAAUAACUCAUAAUUUUCGUAACCCAGAAACUCAAUAAAUUUUUAUAAAAAUGUAUAAUAAAUUGUUAAUAUUAUUUAUAAACAAUUAAUAAGAAAUUAAAAUUAAACAUCAAAAAUAGAAUUAGCAUGAUAUAAAGGUUCAAGACCCAAGAAAAAAUGAUUUUGCCUAAUUAUAUAUAAUCACUUAUAUAUGAUCAGAUCCAAUAAUUGGCCAGAUUUGAUUAUGACGAUUAAUGAUGAUUAAAUUUUUAAUCGUCACAAAUCGUUUUGUUUAAUCAGGGUAUAUACACACAACGUUUGUUAAGCGUUACAUGUAGUAAAUAUAUAUAUAUAUAUAUAUAUAUAUAUAUAUAUAUAUCUAUAGUAAUCAGCCGGCGGUAACUAGCCGUAGCCGACAUUUUUAAGUCUUCACAGUACUUGAGUAAAUUCCCCCUGAUUAAACAAGACGAUUUGUGACGAUUAAAACUGUUUUAAUCGUUUUGAAUCGUCAUAAAUCGUCAAUUGAUGAUUAAAAGCGAUUCAAUUUUUCGAAUGAAGAUUAAAGACGAUUCAUGACGAUUUGAAAUUUUAAUCGUCAUUAAUCGUUUUCAAUCGUAAAAUAAUAAAACGUCUUUUGAUGAUUUGGGACGAUUAAAUCUGAAAAUUCAUGAUGAUUAUGACGUUUAACGACGAUUAAUGAUGAUUUAAUUUUUAAUUGUUUUUAAUCGUCACAAAUCGUAUUGUUUAAUCAGGGCCUCAAGUACUGACAUCAUCGUUUGGGUGAAAAUUCCCGAAUUAUUAUAAUUAUUAUUUAUUAUCAAAAAUGUCUAUAAGAUAUUAUCAUUAUUAUUUUUUACAUUUAAAAUAAUUGAUUUGCUUUAUUUUAAUUUAAUUUACAUACCCGAGCGGUCAGUUAACAAUAAUUAAUUAAUUAUUAAUUAUUAUUAUAAAAAUUUAUUAUUCGGGUGUGCAUGAGAGUACUUCCGUAUCUUUCUCUAUCUCAACUGUAUUGAGAGAUAAUAUAACAUAAAAAUAUUGUUAUUAUUGAUUAUUUAAAAUA